AUGACCCAACAGUGCCCUGUCGGAUUCGAAACCGACCAUGACUCUCUUCUUCAGGCAAGAAAAUGGUGGAAAGAAUCAAUCAUCUACCAGAUCUAUCCUCGCAGCUACCAGGACUCGAAUGGCGAUGGAAUAGGAGACUUGAAUGGGAUCACGGCCAAACUGGAUUAUAUCAAGGGCCUGGGUGCUAACUUGAUCUGGAUCUGUCCGAUGUACAAGUCUCCCAAGUCGGACUACGGCUAUGAUAUUUCGGACUAUUACACAGUCUCCGAGGAGUAUGGAACGAAUGAAGACCUUUCUACGCUAGUCGCGACAGCCAAGAACAAGGACAUCGGAAUCCUUCUGGAUCUUGUCAUUAAUCACACGUCCGACGAGCACGAGUGGUUCCAAAAGGCGCUUCAAGACCCCAGCAGUAAGUACAGAGACUACUACUUCUUCAAGCAAGGGAUUAAUGGCCAGCCACCAAAUAAUUGGCGCUCGUACUUUGGUGGAUCGGCGUGGGAACCAGUUCCAAGUGAGCAAAACAUGUUCUACCUGCAUGCAUUCGGAACAAGAAUGCCCGACCUCAAUUGGGAGAAUGCGGAACUGAGAGAGGCCCUCUACACUAUGAUCAACUGGUGGCUUGAAAAAGGCAUUGCCGGUUUCAGAAUAGAUGCCAUUAUGAACAUCAAAAAAACCAUGAUCGAAGGAACCGUCGAGCCUGACGGGAACGACGGUCUGGUGGCAAUCCACAAAUACAUCAUCAACCAGCCUGGCAUCAAGGAUUUGCUUCAGGGACUGAAAGACAACACGUUCACGAAGCACAACAUUAUGACCCUCGCCGAAGCGGCGGUGCCAGAUGAUCAGCUUGAGGACUUUAUCGGGCCCAAUGGGCUCUUCAACAUGUCCUUCGAUUUCAGGGCAGCGGAUAUCGACAUCCCCGAGUCUGGCGAAUGGUAUCGUCCAACCGACUGGACAAUCAAUCAGCUACGGGACACUCUCCUCAACGUGCAGACCAGCGUUCAACGGAAGGGCUGGGGUGCCACGUACUUUGAGAACCACGACCAGAACCGCUCUAUCAACAAGUACUUCCGUCAGCAUAAGGAAGACAUCUCAGAUGUCACCAAGAAACUUCUAGCUACCAUUCUCCUUGGGUUCAGGGGGACGCCAGUGGUCUAUGAAGGCGAAGAGAUUGGAAUGGAGAACAUCCAGCUCACGUCGAUUGAUCAGUACGAAGACGUGAAUACACAUGGUCAAUACAAGGCCGCAAUCGCGGCAGGGGUGGACGCCGAGCAGGCUCUUCGCCUGGUCUCCUACCGCAGCCGGGACAACUCGCGCACUCCUAUGCAAUGGGACAGCUCGGACAACGGAGGCUUCACAACGGGCAAGCCAUGGUUCCCUGUCAAUUCAAACUACAAGACGGUCAACGUCGCCCAGGCGAUCAAGAACAAGGACUCGGUAUACCAUCACUAUCGCCGUCUCAUCGAAUUGAGGACCGGUCACCACUACAAGGACGUGCUCGUGUACGGGAAAACAGUUCCCAAGUACACCGAUAUCGAUAAUGUCAUGGCUUACGAACGUGUUCUUGGAAAUCAGAGCGUCCUGUUCUUCGCCAAUUUCCAAAACAAGGCUUUAGAGCUCGACAAUGGCGCAUUCCGCGGUAAAGUCUUGAGCAAUAACUAUGCAGAUAUCUCUGUGGAGGAGGACAGGAUUAACCUUUCGCCCUACCAAGCCCUCGUGGUCGACACAAGUCAGUAG